AUGGUGUACAAUGCACCGCCAACUUCAGAGUCUUGGUGCUAUCACAUGCCAUCAUGUAGUGAUUUCACUUGGGACACAAUUGCAAGAAACUCGUGUAAUGGCACUCAACAGUCUCCAAUAGACAUUGUAACUGCCAAUGUUCAAGCUGAUGCCAGUUUAACCUCUUUCAACUUCAUUGGCUAUGAUGACAACACUACCUUAACUGAGAUUGAAAAUACUGGCAAGACAAUUAAGGUUACUCUUGAUGAUAAGAAAAUGUAUGUAGAAGGAGGUGGUCUGCCAGGCUUGUUUACCAGUAUGGAGUUUCAUCUUCACUGGGGUAAUGGCAGUGCCAUGCCUGGAUCUGAACACACUGUAGAUGGCAAACGAUAUCCUAUGGAGUUGCACAUAGUGAAUAAGGCUGGUCGGACUGGCAAUGUGUCGAGUGAUUCUGUAUUAGCUGCCUUUGGUUUCUUCAUUGAGGCCUCGAAUGCAACUCUGAAACCAAAAAGCUGGAAGACAUUAACAUCCUAUCUAGCAAAAAUUGCCAACGCAGGUGCUAAAAUGCACAUCAACCAUUCUAUCUCCAUGGAUGAUCUGCUUCCUGGAGUGGACCGGUCAAAAUAUUACCGUUAUCUUGGUUCUUUGACCACACCCAACUGCAAGGAAGGGGUAGUGUGGACAGUCUUCAAAAACCCCAUCAAAGUCAGCCAGGAUUUGAUCGACCUCUUCAGUGCAACUGUCUACAUCAACACAUCGUCAAACUCCCCCCUAAUGACCUACACCUUCAGACGUGUUCAGCCAAUCAAUAGCAGGUUUGUAACAUCACAUGUGGCAGGUUCCAGAAUUACUGGUCAUAAAACGCCAACAUCGACCGCAACAAAACCAUUCAAGUCUCUCGUGACCUCUCCUCUAAGUGCAAUACUCAUGUACCUUAUCCUCCAUCUGAUUUAG